AUGAAUGAUGUAGUUGGAACCUGGCAAGUGGCUCUUUCCGAUGGUGUUCAUAAAGUUGAAUUUGAACAUGGUACAACCUCUGGUAAACGUGUGAUUCGUGUUGAUAGUAAAGAAAUUCUUCGUCGUGAUUGGCUUUUUAAACUUGUUGGUAAAGAAACAUUUAAAAUUGGUAAACAUCAAUGUACAAUUAAUAUUGAUGCUGUAAGCGGUUUUGCUUAUGAAUAUACACUUGAUGUAGAUGGCAAACCAUUAGAAAAAUUUAGUGAAAAUCGUUCCAAAAUAAGUCGAACAUGGACAUUAACACUUGAUGGAAUAGAUUAUCGUGUUGUUUUAGAAAAAGAUACACUUGAUCUAUGGGUUAAUGGUCAACGUGUAGAAGCUGAUGCAGAAUUUACUGAUGAUGGAACAGAAACAAUAUUUGAUAUUUGUAGUCAUCCAGCUAUAUUAAAAGCUGUAUCAACUGGUUAUCGUCGUUCGGGUAUAAAUCAUGCUUUAUUUGUUGACGGAAAUGAAAUUCCCGUAGCAAAUGAAUAA